UCGCUUCCCCCACCAAUUAGAAGGUUCCACGCAGCGAGGAACAAGGCUGUGCAAAUGGGCGUCGCAUACCAGGUACAGCAAAUCUGUACGGCCCCCACCUUUACGACAAAGGACGAAGGAGGCUGAGACUGGUUAAGCAUCAUUUGGUUUUCUCAGCCUGGUUUAUUUUUCUUCCUUUCCUCCCCUCUUCCUCUCGAGCUUGACCCAUACUUCUCCUGAAAACCAAAAUCAACAUGGAAGCUGUAGGAUUCGCUGCAUCUCUACUGACCCUGGCAUCUACUCUAAUCCAGGUCUCCACCGUCAUCAGAGAACUGAGAAGGAAUUAUGGUGAAUGUCCACCCGCGCUGGCAAAGCUGGCUUCUGCUGUGUCCGAACUUGAACGUCUCAUCACGUAUGUGAAGAGUCUCGACGAGACGCGCCUCAAGGAUCAUGGAGACCUUGAUAGGGGACUUUUCAAAGACUCCAAGGAGAUGGUGGAGAAAUGCGAACAUGAUCUAUCCGAAAUCCAGCAAAAAUUGGAGCAACUCGGCCGUCCCGCUGACAAAGGGUUUCGGUCGAAGCUGAAAAAGGCCGUGAAGAGACUGAACCACGACCGAGAUAUCGAUAAUUGGUGGAACCAAGUCUUAUACUAUAACCAACUUUUCUCUGUCCUCUUGACGAGAAUCAGCACGAAUGAGAAUCGCCUGAACUCGAACAGACGUAUUGGGUCCCUUGAAAACGCCGCAAUGUCACAGUUUGCUCAAGUUUCUUCCCAGCUAACCGACGUUCAAUCGUCCACAGCCUUGCUGCCAUCAAUGCACAUGGUUCUCCAAUCUCAAAAAACAACUGUGGAUCUUAUUGCAAGAAAUCAAGAGGGAGAAGGCCAAAGGAUCCGUGGUAUCCAGCAGAUUCUAUCACAGCAUGUUGGCGACUCGGCCCAGUAUCGGCGAACCGCUCUUGCAGCAUUUUCGGAGAUUCACUCUAAGUUCGAUGAUCUACGAGGAAACGCAGCACAAACAUUGCGCAUGUCACAACAGGACCAAAGCAUAUUGAGUGAAAUUUGCGUGGGCAUCAAAGAGCUUCAACUUAACGUUGACGCCCUUAAUCGGAAAGUCUCAAGGCGGGAGAAUAUCGAACUCAACAUUACAGCGCAGGAAUCCUCAUCUUCACUACUUCAGAAGAACGAUGCCUUUGCAGCCAGCUUCCUCCGUCUCCUUCAACUGACCAAGCAAUCCGUAACCAAGAUAUCGUCAGCCAGACUGAAGGCCACAGUCAAAGAUCUAAUGCACAUCCUGGAUUACAUGAAAACCUUGGUAGAGAUAGGCGUCUCUCUUCCUGGGUUGAAACGCGACGGAUGGGGCCUAGAUGACUUUGAAGAUGUGCGAAGCAUAUUUCAGCUGACCCAGAGGUUGCGAAUUGCAGAUUCCGGUGCGGAUGGGCAUUUCCCACAGAGAUACGAGGACGAUCUUGUUAUAUCACCGAGUAACACCACAUUUCCAACACCGAUCUCCUCUUCAAAUCGAGGAUUGGUGAAGACAAAAUUCAUUAGCCUGGAGACAUCGAUUGGGCGUCUCGAUCUACUUCUCAGGCUGUCAGAAUCAUACGCGGCUGAUUGUGAGGCCUCUGGGAAUGUCUCGGAGCUCCGGUUUCUCGCCAAGGUGUCGCUUUUACCAGGAAUGAGUCUUGCACAGAAGAAUAUGAUCACAUUUCAGUGCGAGCAGCUGCAUUACCUCGAAGGACGUCUCUUCAAACCAACAGCACUAUCGUUCAAAGCAAUCAGGGAGAGCGAUUCACAAGUAUUCCGCACAGCACAAUACGGCACUCCUCAAGAGAUGGCGAGGCUCUUCGAAUAUCGAGAGGCCUCAAUCACAGAUUGCGAUGAAUAUGGCCGUUCCCUGCUUGGCUAUGCUCUGCGCCAGGCAAAUCGAGAUAUGGUCAAAUAUCUGAUCGCCUGCGGUGCAGAUAUUGAUUCAUUCGAAGCGUUGCACGUACCCCGCGAAGAGUCUGGCGAAUUGAUUUACGCCUCCGUAGCUAUGCAGGGAAUAAACCUUGCAUUGAACCAUUCUUCGAGCCAGGAUCUACUCUACUCUGAUAAUAUGAAGGUUAUUUCACAGGCAGGGGCCGACCUUUGCGGCUUUUACGACGAUCAAGAUCGGUUUCCUGUGUUGGGAAUGUUACUUAUAUUUUCGUCGCUACAAACCUUCCGGGUGAUAAUCGACAACGGUGAGCCAUUUGUGACGGGCACCAUGCAUCCGUGGACACCCAUACAAAUGUUGAUCUUGGCCAGCUUCGAUAAGUGGAACUUCCAAAUAGCCUCCAAAAUCGCGUUCCUGAUUUCAAGGGGAGCCGAUCCGUGCUACCGCAGCAAAGAGGGAGAUACUUACCUCCAUCAAAUUUUUAAUUCAGUGAGAGAUCGAGGCCCCGGGGGGGUGUACGAAAGCCUUGUCACCAAAAACCACGACGGAGAGUUAAAGGACUUGCUAAUGCUCCUCAUUACUGCUGGUGCAGACGUCUUCGCUGUGAAUGCUUUUGGAAAGAGUGUUUCGAAGAUGGCACUGAAGACAGGUCACAGCGUAGAGUGGAAGGAAGCUCUAGAGGAGUGCGGGUACGAUGUAUCAAAUGUCCUCAAUCCCGGCUCCAAGGACGACGACAUCUCUCAACAGGAACAGCGGCGAUCUUUACUGACGUUCGCGGAGUAUCUCGAGGUGAGAAAGUCAAGGCUUCUUAAUCUCGAGAUCGGAGAACACGAUAGUCCGGCAUCAGUUUACAAAAAAUAUUAUAGAAUGGCUGUACCGGAAGAGCUGCGCAUUCACGAGAUUGAAAGCAGUGAUAGUGAGAUGGAAGAAGAUGAGGACGACUUUGACGAUGAGACCGACAUCAACUCUGACGCCCAAAGCUUCUACUCCGUGGAGAUGAUAAAGGAGAUGGACUGAUUGAGCAGAGCGUCAACAAGAGGCCGUGCAUGUCUCCUUACAGCUCAUUCAAUAUUGGUCUGGGGGUCGCGGUCAACAAAAUGAGAAGAUCACAAGCUUGGCUUUCCUUUCUGACGAUUCAAGCAGCACUUUAAGUUCGUCCAGAAGGCCGCAAUUGGGUCACAAGCAUGUGCAGCGCACCAAGUUGAAGAAUAUAUUCCCAGAUCCAGACAAACCACAGACAUAUCGCCCACGAAGAGGUCAACUCAUCGGCAAUGCAAAGCGGCGUGGCUAUGUCUUUGGCACGGGUGUCUCUCCACCUCAAUCGAUCCGGAAGGAGGUCGCCAUGGCGAGCGAGAAGCCUUUGUGGGCAUUCCCUGUCCGCAGUAUCGUCCAUCAAGCUCCAUAACUUUUCUUGCGACGGCUCUCCGGAUCCUCAACCCGAUAUGACGGCAAUCCUCGGCGGCACCACCGCCGGAACUCGAAGAAACCCAUCCAAGGCGCGGCUCAGGAAAAGAAACGACUCCAUGCAUACUAUUUCCUUGCAGUCACGCUCUUUCUCAUUUCGACAUUCAAUCACAGCGGGGCCAGGUUGGGGAACGGUGGAUAUGGCACGCGAAGAUCUCGGCUUGGCUUGGGCUGGUUCGAGCCAGGUCACCAGGUUCGGCAUGCGAUGGCCAGCGUGAAAUCAAGAUCAGUCGGGCAGCCAAAAAGGCGAUCUAUUAAUGGCACGGCGCACAGGACGCACACACGCGGACUUUGAGGCCAGGCCUGAAGCGGUAUGUGCGACAUGCACGCUUCUGAAAACCCCUUGUUGGCGAGGCCUGUAGAGGGGUGGGUGAUGCUUUUGAGGUGUAGUGUAGUGUGUAGGCGCGCUUCAGUCGGCUUUUGAUACGGGUCGUCGAAGAGGGUUGGAAGGGGGAAAUGGACGGAUAUAGCAAGCAGCCACCCCCUUGUACUUGGUGAUAUGCAUAAUAUCGAUAGUCCGGAGGAUCUGGCAGCUGGGCACGAGAGAUUCCAGCCUUGGGCCACAUUUAGCGCAUGUAUCAUGUACACAGAUGGGUCAGGUACUAUAGGUCUGCAUGCCUGGCCCCUUUGAAC